AUGACCCUUGGAACCCCCAAUCACCCCUCGAUGCAGGCGGCCGGCAAGAUCAGCGCCCAAGCCGCAGUAUCUGGAAGCUCCCGUCUGGCCCCGCCCCAGAAAGGCGCGGGCCUCUACCUCGGCGGAGGCACCCCGGGGGACGCGGGUGGCCCAUCCCUCAGAGCGCCCGCCAACACCCCCGCGGCCGACGCGCCCGACAACGCGCGGGCGCGGGGGGCGGCGGGCGACCAGCGGCGCGCGGCGCCGGCGAGCGGCGGAGACGCGGCGGGCGCGGCGCUGCGGCUGAAGGGCAGGGCGGGUGGCCUGUCGCCCGCGACGGGCUCGCAGGUUGCCGCAUCCCCCGAGAGCCGCGGCAGCGUCGUAUCCUUCGGCUCCCACUGCACCCCGGCCGCCGGCGCCUGCUCCAGCCCCGACCCCCAGCGCUCCCCGUCCCCGAGCCGCGCGCUCGACUUUGCCGGCGCGACGCCGCAGCACGCGCCGGGCGCGCGGGCCUCGCCGGCCACCACGCCGCCGCCGAGCAAGCUUGCAAACGGCUCGAGCCGUGCGGCUGCUGCGGACGACACGGACGCGCGGCAGGCGGACACGGGUGACACUUACGCUGCCAGCGGCCCAUCCGCCCCUGCCGGCGUCAUCCUGGCGUCGCCCAUGGGAUCGAGUCACCCGGCAGACCUGGAGCAGCUGCUCAUGUCACUUGCCGGUGACGCCGGGUCGCUGGCCAGCGUCGAGAGGCUGUACGGCGUGGGGGCGGCGGGAGGCGACGUCGAUGCCGGGCGGGCCGCAGUCAGGCCGGGCGGCGGCGGCGGCCGCGGCGGCCCUGCGGCAGACAGCGGCCCGCGCCGCGGCCGCGGCCGCCGCGCCGCUGCACUGCUGCUGCUCCUCGCGGCGGCGAUCGCUGGGGCCCUGGCGGCUGCUUGGCACGCGGACGGGCUGCCCGCACCGUCUGCGCUGCUGCCGCAGCAGUGCUCGGCGGCCAACGCCCGCGCGUGCGCCGACAAUUACGCCCGCUUCUUCUCGCAGCCAAUUGAGACCGACGACAGCGCCGACCCUCUCUGGCAGAGGGCGGUGCGCGCCGCGCGCUGGUACGCGCACGACUGGCAGCAGUUCGUGCUCGAGGGGCGCCUGCCCGCGCUCGAGGCGGGCCUGCCGCCGCCGGCGCUGCGGGUCCCUCAGGAGCUGCUCCUGCGGGCGGAGCACCACGUUUGGGCGCGGCGCCUGCGCGCGAGCGGGGCCGAGAGUGGCGCGCCGGAGCAGGGCGAGUCCUCGCCAGCGGGGGCCACAAGCAUUGAGAGCGGCGUGGAGGACUCUGCUGACGCGGCAGCCGACGCAUCAGGGCACGCGCAGCCGCCAGCGGCCUGGGACGAGCCAUUAGACGCCCUCCAACCUGCCAGCGACGUAGCCGCGGCGGCAGAGCAAGAGCAAGAGCAAGAGCAGCAGGCGUCGGCGCUCAGUGAAGUUGCUCAGGACGAAGGGAUCGCAGGCCUCACAGAACAGGAGGGUGCUGAGCCCGAGCCCGAAGAGCCCGAGCUGCCGCCGGUCCAGCGCUGGCUGCCUGUGAAGCUGCCGGGCAGCUGCCCGGUUUGGGCGCCGCUGGAGCCGCUCGCGGCGUGCUUCGCCGACUGCCGGCCGGACGCGCUGGCGGCGGAGCGGGCGGCGGCGCUGGCGGUCGCGACAUCGUUGGAAUUCCUGGUCUACGAAGCGCGAGUCUCCUGCGCCAGCCCCUGGCUGGUGGCGGCCCCCAAGAGUGCGUGCCUGGAGGCGGCAGCCUGGGGCCCCAAGGCGGCCAAGCGCGCGGCCGCCCCGGCGGAGCGCGGGUGGGGAGGCUUAAUCCUGCAGGCGCUCCGUGUUGUGCUUGCGACGGCAGGCCUGCUGCUGCUCGCCGCCGGCCUGGCGGGCGCCGGCCUGAUGGCCGCCCAGCACGGCCCCCGCCACCUCCUCGAAAGCGUCGCCCCGCGGCUGUUUGGCGAGAAGCUGGGCGGACGUGUUGCGGCUGUGGAUGAGGGCUUGGAUGAGGACGACGAGCCGGAGGCCGCGCCGCCGGCGGACGCCGCGACGCCUGCGGCCAAGGCGGUCGCCGCCGCCGCGGCCGCCGCGUCGGCCCUGGCGGCCGGGGCGCGCGUGCUCACGCCAAAGUUCAAGGUGAUCACGUGCCGGGGGCUGGGCCAUGAGCCCGGCUGA